CGAGGCCCGGUCUAUCCAAGUCAUUCUCACUGUGACAACGCCAGACACGAGCGUCAAAAGACGAGAUACAGUCCUAGCGGAACGAGAUUACAUUCUUUAGAAGCUGUACUUGUGAGCCGGGUAUUCAAUAUGGAACACAUUCUCGCCCUGGUUGUGUGUGUCUGCAUGAUGUCAACAAUCUCAGCAAAAGCACUAGAUUAUGACGACUUCCUCAUGCAAAGCGACCCCCACGGCUGGUUUGGCAACUUCGCCGUCGACGAACAGGCAGGCAUCGUCCCGAGAGGGUGUGGAGGGAAGCCUGCCGAUGUCUACUUUGUGAUGGAUACGUCACGUGAUGUGACCCAGAAAGAGAUCGAUCUUCAAAAGAAUUAUUUUAAAGAGCUGUCUUCCCUGUUCUACCUUGGCAUGAACACAGUUCGACUUGGGGUAAUUUCUUCCGGAAAUACUCCUUUGACCGCAAUCCGCCUCGGCAGUUACAAAAACACGCACGACUUCAAGAAAGCAAUCGACAUCACCCCAAGAGUCGGGGGCCAAAGGGAUCAUGCUCAGACGCUGGACUUUCUCAGACGAACCGCCUUCGCCCCAACCGUUGCAAGGCAGAGCGUGGCCCAUGUCGCUAUUUUCAUGACCAACGGAUUUUCUCACAAUGCCAAGGCAACUUUGGUCGAGGCCAGAUUGCUUAAAAAAGCGGGAGUCUAUGUGUUCACGGUCAACCUUGGCGGACAAUGGGACCGGUCCGAGCUGACCGCAAUGGCCUCCCCUCCCGCCAGCGACUUCGUCUUCGACUCAGACGACUACAACAUCAUCGACCCCCUGAUCAGCCUGUUGAAGAUCCACGAAUGUGAUUAUCAGGUCCAUCCACCAGUUGCGGAGCCUAAAGCAGCUUGUAGUCCAAAACGGAAAGUCGAUAUGGUGUUUGCUGUAGAUCACCUGCACAUCGGCGCUAUCAAAUCCAAACGCAUCCUCGCCUUCAUCGACAGCCUGUUUAGCGACUUUGACCACGGCGAUAAUCUCAACACCGCCCUCCUUCUCAGUCGCCCAGCAUCAACUGGCGUCCUGAGCAACAGGCUCACAGAAGUCACGGAGACCGAAGACGAAAUGGACAGAGUUGCCUUUCCUGACUUUAGCGCCGUCUUGCGUCGAACGAGGAGAGCCUUGACUAAGGGGAGACAAUCCGUGCAGAAGACAGCUGUGGUGUUCGUGGAUUCUAACGUUCCGCUGACUCACGCAGCGUUCAAGGAGGCGAAGCGGAAUAAAUUCAAGAAGAUCGACACCUACGUUGUUUACAUCGGUGAUGAUUACAACAAGAACGACCUUGAACUUAUCAGUAACGGAAAGGAGAACAUAAUUAUUGUGCCUAGUUACGAUGAACUGGAAAUCUCCAAAGAGGACGUCCUGUCAUCCCUCUGCAAAGGGUUGUAAGAAUUCAUCUUCAACGGAAUUGGAAACACCUUCACCUUCACCACUGUUCCACGUAUACAUUGAACGUAUGGCAGCUUCCCAUCACUGAUGAUCAUACAGGUACAUCUACACGACACUGCCAACACGCUGAAGAGAGGCUGUCCUGGCUGAUACGCAGGAACGUUGGUUGGUCCAGCUACAACCAGAAUGUGGAAACGAUCAAGGAUAUGGUUGCGUGGCAACGACGAUGCAUUUUCGCAUUCGAUGUGACGUCAUUACUGACUAUUGCAAUGGCAAUGAUACCAAAGACAAUGGCGCACUCACAUCUGAUGUAUUCAUACGCGAUCGUGUACAGAAGGACUUACCUAGGAACUAUUCUAGUCAUUUACAGAGAAGCAAUGCAGGACAUUGUUAGGUUAUCGUUUUGAUUUGAUAUUUUUGUUACUUUUGUAACAUAGAAAUCUCAUUCAUGGUAGAUUUGGUAUUGGUCUUUGUAGGAAAGUGGAAAGAGCGACCAUUUAUAUGUUACCGAACAUAAGGGACAGGUACUAUUCGUACCCUUUGAGCUUUAAUAUGGAACACACCAGGGUAUUCAUUUAAGACAAGAUUGGUCAGCAUGUAAAAUUAAGCAGUUUCAUUAUUUCUAUAAUUCUCAAUUCACCAACCGGCGCAAUCACGCCCCACUGCGCCCAACCCACCUGUUAAAGGGCAGCUGCAAUAGAGAAAGAGCGACAUCCGUCCAUUUCAUGUAUGCCUUGUCUCAUAUUUUGUACUUUUAUACUGUAUUUAUAAGGUGUAAAUGCGAAUAUUGUGAAUGUUAUAUGAACGGAUGAAAGUUCCUUCUGUCAAUGUCGGCAAUACUCCGGUGAUGUUGCCUUCUCCUGGUGCAUGUGUGUGACUGGGUGUGUGACGUGCUUAUGUGACUGAGCGUGUGACUGUUUCUGUGAUGUGUGAUAUCCAUGAAUGGAUAAGGUAUGAAAGGCAUGAACGGCAGAAGGAGAUCGGUUUUUCUGUGAGAAGUGCCAUAAAAUGUACCAGCGUCUCUCACUGGCCUUGAACGAAUUCCAUGAAUGUUUGCGAUGUAAAUCUAACUUAUUCAAUUUAAUAAAUCUUGAAUCCAGUUGAAUACA